CGCGCGGUGAUGUCAUUAGCACGGCUCUCUCUGUCGAUGACUGGACAGACACUGACUGUUACCAGCGGACAGCUAGCGGCAGUGGAAUCGGUACUCUUUUAAUCAGACUUAACUUCAUAUUUUAAUGAGCCAUGAAAUUUAAAACAGACCCGGCCUCAGUCCUGGGCUGUGCCAGUUGAACAGAUGUACACAUUUUGUAUAAUUUAACCAUGGAAACUAAAAGAAAGCGGACAGCAGCGACAACAAAGUCAGUUGACACAAACGGCUCUGGAACUCGGCAGAUAACGGAAGAAUGGACGAUGUGAAAACUGGACCAAACCGGGACUGAAUUUCCUCACCGGGUCUCCCCCUGCUCUAUGUCACCCUCCUCUCCCUGCCAGAUGCCUCCGCGGGGCGAUGGUGGCUAUAAGCCGGCACCAGUAUCCCCUGCUCCGCCUGUCCCACCGAGGAGAGUCCGGAGCGGGGACACGGGCUCCGGCAGGACGCAGCUGUCCGGGGCAGGAGCAGCGGGAGGCAGGGCAGCGGAGAGACGUGUGAAGUGUGUGCUGGUGGGGGACGGAGCUGUGGGGAAAACCAGCCUGGUGGUCAGCUACACCACCAACGGGUAUCCCACCGAGUAUGUCCCGACCGCGUUUGACAACUUCUCAGCGGUGGUGUCAGUGGAUGGGCAGCCGGUCAAACUACAGCUUUGUGACACAGCUGGACAGGAUGAGUUUGACAAGCUGCGUCCUCUGUGUUACACCAGUGCAGAUGUGUUCCUGCUGUGCUUUAGUGUCGUCAGUCCGGCCUCUUUCCAGAACGUUCCUGAGAAGUGGGUCCCAGAGAUCCGGAGACACGCCCCCAUCACUCCCCUUGUCCUCGUUGGGACGCAGUGUGACCUCCGAGAGGAUGUCAAGGUUCUCAUUGACCUGGCUAAGUACCGGGAGCAGCCUGUGGACCCAGCAGACGCUUGGGACUGUGCGAUGGAGAUUGGGGCUGUGGCCUACAUGGACUGCUCUUCCCUUACCCAAAAAAAUCUUAAGGAAGUAUUUGACACAGCCAUACUGGCCAGCCUGCAGGACCACAACUCCCAUAAACACCCAAGAGGGAAACAAAAACAACGGAAAAAGCACAGGCAGACACCGAACAAGAUGAAGAGUCUGUCAAAGUCAUGGUGGAAGAGGUACUGCUGCGUGGCCUAGAGCAGAGCUGCAACUGGUUUGGGGCUUGCUGUCAGCGAGGCGUUAAUGCUCUGAUCCUGGUCUGGAUUCACCUGGGUUUGGGCUCUACCUGAACUCCCCUUCAGUUCGGGUUUCUCUCUAACAGAGCCUGAUGUUGAGAAGGACCUCAAGUGUAGCUGAGAACCAAAGUAUGACUUCAUGAAUCUAAAAUGUUUUAGUCUGGGCAUGGAUGAGAGUUGCUACUGAGCCCAGCAUGGAUCUAGCAGAACCUGCCCUGUUUCCAAGAAUGAAACAGGGAUUUUUGUGCUUACGUGUCCCUUCUUCUAAGAUGGUUUUAAUCCUAGCCUGCCUCCAGUGUGAGCUCUGCGCAGGAGAAGGUGCUCCUGCCUCUCCUGAUGAACCAGGACUUCGUGUGACUAGACCACCUCUAAGUCAUGGUGGUUGUAAUCGGGUUGUGUAGACAGGUUUAGGUUUGAACAGAAUCAGAAAAAGUCUAUUUUAACACAUUCAUUACAACUCUCUUUAGUCUGGUGCUCUGGUUAAACUUUACCACUCCAAGUAUGGGCUUGUGUAGUUUUAUAGCCUGCUGUUGUUAGCAACAUAAAUUUAACGGCAACUAAACUUUGUGAUUUAGUCUGGUUUCCAGUAUUCAUUAUUAGAAAGAACUGUUGACUGAAAUAGAGUGGUUCAGACCAAACCUCAUUGUUAUUUACAUGCUGUAGAACUAAUUCUGGAUUUUCUGACCCAGACCUCAUUAUUGUAUAACUAGACAUGGUUUAAGUCCAAAAUUAGUCAACAAAUACAGCCUGUAAUUCAUUUUAAUAGUGCUUUUUUAAAAUGGCGUCAUUGCUAUUCUAAUGGUCACAUGCAGAGUUUACUGUGGUGCAGCCUGUGUAUCUAAUAUGGAACCUGGAUCUUAGACUCGGUCUAGAUCUGGUUGGGUUUAUAGGGUUUUUGUUUGAAUAUCGGUGUGAUGAAACACACAAGCAUCGUUGGGUAAGAGCAGGUUCUAUCUUUACUCAGGAAAACACAACACUGCAUGUAGGAAUCAGUGACCUACUUCAGGCUUCCACUGGUAGCUGUGCUAGUUGACCUUGACCUUAAUGGGGAAUGUUUUUCCUCCUAUCUGUUGUCAUGUUGUUCCACAAGCCACAACCCGGCUCAGUGUGGUAGCCAGGUGACUGCUCUGGAGCCCUUUCCCCAUGCAAAUGAAGAAUUCAUUAUAAAUGUGAAUUUGAAAGUCUUAUCCUGUUAACCUGUAACUAACCCAAGCUGUAUAAACUGCAAGGCAGGAAAACACUUUAUGUGGGUUUCAGAUAAUAGUACUGCUUGAGGCACGUUUGACUUAUCUUUCCACAGGCUUAAAUAUCUUUAGGUGUAAGCACCGAUCAGAAUUAGAUCAACCAAGUGCCCUUUGUGUGUGUUUAAAUUUACAGAAUGGAUUCAGCUGUGGAGAAUGGAGUACGUUUGUAGCUAUAAAAUUAUUCUGGGCAAAGUGAAAUAAUUAACAAAUCAGAUUUAGUUUCCUGGCUUUUCAAUGCAGUUGUGUAUCUAAGACUGUGAAGUUUGAAUUGUGUACACAUUGAGUGAAAUUUGCUCCUUGUAGUUAUAGUUUGGUUCAUUAUUCUUGUUACUCUGUAAAUUAUGAUCUUCUGCUUUAUUUCAGUGGUAACCAUCGUUCGUUUCUACCAUUCUGCCCCCACGCUGCUUUAAUACUGCACAGACAUCCAUUGUCCACCCUCUGUAUGCUCUGUUAGCUCUGCAGCCUCUCUCCAAUAGAUUACGUUUUAUAGUUUGUAAAGCAGAAAUUAAAAGGCAAACUAAAAAAACAAAAUGUGUGGCUGUUAAACACUCUUCUGCCACAUCUCCCUUUGUACAUUGUAGCUACUAAAACACAACCAAAACCCAGUCAUUUGAAACAAUUUCUCUAGAGCACCUACAUCUGAAUGGCUCAUUGUAUUAGACUGACUGUAGCAGAAGGCAACGUCUCGAAGCAGAUCUGUUGUGCUGUAGUGUAUAUGCAACAAAAUCAUUCAUAUCGAUCGGACAUAAACACAAACAAGAAUUUUCACACUUGCAUUUCCAUGCAUCACUUGCAUAAACCAUGGCCUAAACUCAUCUAGAGGCAAGUUAAAUCUUUGUCAUGUGUGCAAACCCAGAGUGUACCCAUGUCACAACAUUUCACUUAACAACUAAUAAAUUGCUCUUUUUUUCUGUUUUAUUCUAAGUGAUUCACACCAAUGAUCUUAACUCCAUGUUUCUGAUAAUAUCCCUAAAAAGUCAUCUGUAACUACAUUAAAGUAGGCUUUAGUAAA